AUGUUCAACAUAAACCAUAGUGGAAUUGAAUCAUUUCCAGUAGAAUUAUGGCGAGAAAUAUUUGAUUAUUUUGAUGCGAAUGAUUUAUGGUAUUCAUUUCGUGGUUUAAAUAAACAAAUUGAUGGAAUCAUGAAUCAAAUAGAAUUACAUUUUAAUUUCGAAAAAACAGGCAAUUAUGAUUAUUUUCUGAAAAAUAUUUUUCCAUCAACGAAUGUUCUCAAUAUUCGAUCAUUAAAAAUACGAAAAGAGAAAAAAAUUAAACAUUUUUUUUCAAUUUAUUCUCUUAAUUCAUUACUUCAACUUCGAUUACUAUCAUUAGAUGGUAUGUAUUGUACAAAUGAUAAUUUAUUUAUGUUUUGGAAUCAACUUUCAUCUUUAAAAUAUUUACGAGCAUUGAAAAUUAUAUUUGGAAGCAAAUCUCAUCCAAAUAAUGAGCUUAAAGAUAAACAAUUUCUAAUUUGUUCGAUAUUUAAUCAAGAUUUUUGUCCUUUACUCACUUGUUUUACCAUAGAAAAUAAAGGCAACGAUAAUUUGAAUACUGAACUUCCUAUUUCCUCAUUAAUACAAACAAUUAAAUCGACCAAUAUCAAAUAUUUAUCCAUUGAUUGUUUAAAUUUUGUUGAUUUGCUUAAAUUACUUCCUACUUUACAAAAUGCAAAAUCAUUUUCUAUAGAAAAUGAAUUAUUUUCUAAUAACCUGUUUCAUCCACAGCAGAUAAUGACAAUUACAGAGCCAUUGAUGUCUGAAUGUAAAAAGUUGGACCUGAUUUUAUCCGAUGAUAUGACAUUUGAACACAUCGAAUAUAUAUUAAAACAUACUCCAAACUUAAAACGAUUGAUCAUAAGCUGUUAUUGGUUUCCUUUACUUGAUGCAAAGAAAUGGGAAUUAUUAUUAUCAACACAAUGUCCAAGCUUAGUAGAAUUCGAAUUAGGUUGUAAUGGUGAUGAUGAUGAUAAUGCUUAUCAAAAAGCCGAGCGUGAUUUUAAUAAGAAAUGUAAAACAAGAACGUUUUGGAAGAAACAAAAUGCUAGAGUUAUCACUACAGCUUAUUCCGGAGAUGAUUGUUAUUAUACUAUAGUUGUAUUUAAUCUUGAAAAAGAAAAAAGCGACGAUUAUUAUUGGAGAUUUUUGGAUGAAAUGGAUACAACAGAUGCUCCUUAA